CUUAAAAUUCUUAUCUGAAUAUUGUCUGACUACGUUGACGUAAUGCGUUUGCUACAUUCGUUUACGUCAUCACAUUUUAUUCUCCUAGCUUUUCCACAAUCUGGCUACGUUUUUUCAGACGAAAAUGGAACAAAACAGAGAAUAAUAAACUUUCAAUCCUUGCAUUCGGUAAAUUUAUUGGUUUAUAUUUUUUUUAAUGAUACGUGAAAUCUCAACAUAUUGAGCGUAAAAAUCGAUGGAAUAGCUCUCGUAACCGAAGUAUAACCGGAGCGCAAUGAUGGAACAGUGGCAGGAACUUGGUAUGGGGAGAUUAACUAUUUCUGGGUGCGACACUCAAUCGUCAUCCGAAACAAAACAACAAGCAAAGCCACAAACAUCUCAAUUGGUACAACAACAAAGUUUUUCAUCAAUAAUGGAUUUGCCCGAUUUUGGGGACUGCAGUGAUGACCACAAAUAUGUUAUCUAUAAGCAUGAUGAUUUGUUUUGUGAAAGUUAUCCGCUAAUGCGUGAAAUCCGCAGACAAGGCAAACUUUGUGAUGUUACUUUAAAGGUUGAAGAUCAGUCCUUCUCCGCACAUCGUAUAGUGUUGGCUGGUACAAUACCCUAUUUCUAUGCCAUGUUCACCAACAAUAUGGCUGAGAGCCGUAUAAAGGAGAUCACUAUGAAAGAGAUUGAACCGAACGCACUCGAGAGUCUCAUUAAUUACGCUUACAGUGGACAAGUGCGUAUUGACAACCAGAAUGUGCAAAGUCUUAUGGUGGGUGCAUCGUUUUUACAGUUGACUAAAGUGCGUAAUGCUUGUGCCGACUUCUUGAUUUCACGAUUUCAUCCGCAUAACGUUUUGGGCAUCCGUCAAUUUGCGGACUCUAUGGGUUGUACCCAUUUAAUUGAGGCUGCUGACAAGUACAUCGAUCAGAAUUUUGCAAAAGUCGUACAAUCCGAAGAGUUCUUGAGUUUAGAUUUUGGUGAACUAAUCGAUCUCAUACGACGCGAUGAGCUUAAUGUACCCAGCGAAGAAAUCAUAUUUGAGGCCUGCAUGAAAUGGGUAAAACAUAUGGAAGAGAAACGUGCUAUACUUUUUCCACAAGUGUUAUCCAAAGUACGUUUACCGUUAUUAUCACCACAAUUUCUAGCAGAUCGUGUGGCACGCGAAGAGUUAAUACGCUCUUCACAUCAGUGUAGAGAUUUGUUAGAUGAAGCAAAAGAUUUCCAUUUAAUGCCUGAACGACGAGGAUUAUUGCAAAGUUUCAGAACACGACAGCGCUGUGGUGAGUUUAUUAUGGGCCAGAUUUAUGCAGUUGGUGGACUAGCUAGCAAUGGUGAAUCGGUGAGCACGGUGGAAAUUUACGAUCCAGUUGUUAAGAAAUGGGAAAUGGGCGAACAAAUGUCGAUGAUGCGUUCACGUGUAGGCGUCGCAGUUAUGGACGGCAAACUGUAUGCUUUUGGUGGUUUCAAUGGCACCGAACGUCUUUCCACUGUAGAGGUAUACGAUCCAAAAAAGAAUAAGUGGUCACAGGGACGUGCAAUGUUGUGUAAGCGCAGUGCCGUUGGUGUGGCUGCCUUAGACGAUUGCAUUUAUGUUUGUGGUGGUUAUGAUGGUGUAACAUCUCUCAAUACAGUAGAAUGUUACUGUCCAAAGACUGAUAUUUGGAAGACGGUGGCACCCAUGAUGAAGUAUCGUUCGGCAGGUGGCGUUGCCGCUUUGGGAGGUUGCGUUUAUGCGCUUGGUGGUCAUGAUGGACUUUCUAUUUUUGACUCGGUCGAACGCUACGAUCCGGUCAAAGAUGUUUGGCUCAAAAUGCAUGCAAUGUUAAAUCGUCGCUGUCGUUUAGGUGUUGCUGCGCUAAGUGGUAAGCUAUAUGCUUGUGGUGGCUACGACGGCACAUCAUUUCUGCGCUCAGUUGAGGUUUAUGAUCCCAUAACGGACACUUGGAGUCUUGUAACGCCUAUGAAUUGUAAACGUAGUCGCGUUGCUCUAGCAGCCAAUAUGGGAAAAUUGUGGGCGAUUGGUGGCUACGAUGGUGAGUCCAAUCUAUCGACAGUCGAAGUUUACGAUCCCGAAACGGAUAAAUGGUCGUUUGAACCCUCAAUGUGUGCGCAUAGCGGUGGUGUUGGUGCUGGUGUUAUACGUAAACAAUAAUUAGUUUCACUUAUUGUACCAUAAUUAGUAAGAAAUAUAGCCCACAAUAACAUUAGUUUAUUCUUAUAGGUAAUUUAUUUAUGUUUUUAAAAAGCAUAACUGCAUUUGCUUGCCUUUUGUCGAAAUUCUAUAUGUGUCUUGCUAUAACGUAUGCUCUAUUCGCACGUAAAUCAUUCCAAAUUCUAUAGAAAACACUGAACGGAAAAUAUAAAACUCAAAUAAGCUAUUGGCUUGAAAACUUUAAAAUUAGAUAUUUACCAAGCCAAAAUGUUACAUCGCUAUAUAAAAAAUUGUCAAUUGUAUUCAAUUAAAGCUAAUAUCAAAUGAAUAAAACAAAUACUCUUUUGUCGGCUUUUAGCGAACAUUUUCGAUCAAAACUCUGCACAUUAGGCAUUAAUUCUAGUAAUUGUACAUCCUAAAAUUUAUGUAUGUAUGUAUGUGUUUGCAUAAAUAGAAUUGUAAAUUAUUGAACUGAAGUAAACACAAUGCUUGAAACUAAAACAAUUAUUGUUGAGAAUUAGCACUGAAAGUUUUAGAAAUUAGAAAAAAUGUAUUUAUUACACAAUUAUAUUGCAUAUAAACCAAUAAAAGUAUAUCAAUGCAAUUACGCUCUCAGUA